GCGACUCUAUCAUCAGCUACUCCAAGGGCAUGUCUCCGUUCAUCUAUGCAUUUGUCCUGUCUUUUUGGUUCUUUGCAACUGCGGUGCGUCCUGAGAUGCUUCGCGUUGCUUGUUCGAAGAUGCCAUGGACGCGCCACACAAGCCCGUUGACACCAUUGACCGGUAGCUCGCCGCAAUUUGUUGAAAAGAGUGCUCCAAGCAUUUCUCUCAGCAAGAUAACCACAAAUACCACUCGUGAAGGAACAUCGGUCGCGACAUCGUCGCCUUCCAUCGACAAGAGAUUGUCCAGCGCAUCCAUUGACAAGGGCUGUGCGAGCUUCACCGUUCAAGAGGACACGCCAGCAUCGCCGCUUCAAAGCCCGUCUAGCGAUACCUCGACGAGAGUUGAUGCUGCGACACCGAUGCUUGAGGAUAUCGAGUCUGCCGGGGAAAUACAAAUUGCAUCAGUCGUGCCAAUCAACGAGUCUUGGCCUGAAGUCCCUGGAACAGCUGUUCAAGUGCCAGAAGCAAGUUCACCAAGAGCCAAUAUCGCUAGACAUUCGUUCCGACCGCGUCGAGUGUCUGCUGUAUUGGGGCUACAGCCACCGUUGUCUCCCGAAAGAACUGGUCCUUUGCCCCCAAUUCCACAACGUUUAAGCGAUGGAUCAAGGCCUGUGCUGUCUUUGAAUCCAAGAAAGGAGUCUACAGCUUUGCCAUUGGUCGAUCGAGAGCCUUCCAGCAACGAUAAAUGAAACGACGAUCCUUCUACUGAGUGUUGUUU